AUGCGCAUCACAGGCAGUCCUAAAAUGAAACGAUUGGAACAGUACGGCAACAGUUUGCAUGCGGUGCUGGUGGGCAUCGUAGUGCCGGAAGUGGACACUGUGGUCAAGUUGGUCAAGUCGUUGGGGAUUCCACGCUUGGAUAUCGUGGAGUUGUGUCAACAUGGCGAGGUGGUCGCAGCGAUGCACAAGGAUAUUGUGCGCAUGUGCAAAGCCGCGGGCCUCCACAGCUUUGAGAUGGUCAAGCCCAUCAUAUUGCACCCGAAGCCGUUUUCCGUCGGCAAACGACUCACCCCCCAAGUUUAA